CAUUUUCAUCAACGCUGCUUCAUAUAAAAUUUGUUUGUUUACUCAACGAAAGGAGAGUGCCUGUUGUCUUAAAAUUGAGGGAUCCCAAAUAUAUAUAGUAACUAAAUAGCAAAAAUUCUUGGAAAAAUCUACAGAACACUGGUUAUUAUGUCAAUGCUGCCGUUUUUCCCAUCGUUGCGACCACCAAUAGCCAAUCGCAUUUGGUUCGAUAGUGCUGCGGCCAGCAAUGAAGAAGCAGAGGUUCUCAAAUACGAAAGAGAGCACCACAGUUGGUUAGAUGCUAUGAAAAAUGCUGCCGUUGAUAUACAUCCCAUGGGAAAAGUGCUAACUAUGCCCGGCCUGGAAACCGACGACGAAGAUGCUAAUGACGAUAGCGAUGAUUCAGAGGACACUAACGAAGACGAAGAUACAAAUGACCGCGCUAUACCCGGUUUACCGGAACGUUCCGCAUUAGGUCUUUAUUCGCCCGGUGAAGAAAUGAAUUUAAACGAUGAUGUGCCUGUCAUAGUUGGUGGAGGAUCUCAAUAAAAAAAUUAAAAAUUUUGUUUACUCUUA